AAAGGUCCUAAACUCUUCAAAGAGCCCAGCUCAAAGUCCAACAAGCCAAUCAUCAUCAAUGCCAUCGCCCACUGCUGUCUGGCUGGAAAAGUUAAUGAGUCCCAGAAGAAUGUUGUUCUUGAGGAGCUGGAAAAGUGUGAGUCCAAUCACCUUAUCAUCCUUUUCCGCGAUGGUGGCUGCCAGUUCCGUGCCAUUUACUCGUACUCACCAGACACCGAGGAGAUAGUCAAGUUCACAGGCACAGGGCCGCGUCAUAUCAGCCGCAAGAUGAUCGACAAGCUCUACAAAUACAGCUCAGACCGUAAGCAGUUCACUGUCAUCCCCGCUAAGACUGUGUCGGUCAGCGUGGACGCUCUGACCAUCCACAACCACCUCUGGCAGGUCAAAAGACCAGGGAGUGCACGGAGGAAGUGAGGAGGAGGACACUUGCACCAGUUUCUGUUCUAUCCACCACUGUUGGGCAGGACCCAAUAAUCUUGACUUGUCAUUAGAGUGGGGAGGGUUAGAUGUUCUCAUUAAUGAAGGAUGUGGCAGUUAGAGAUUAUGAAACACCUGCCAACUCAAUGUACUCUCCUUUUUCUUUUCAUUUUGUUUUUAUUCUGCAUGUCACCUGUCAGUAUUUUAAUUUGUGGGUACGUCCUACAUCAGUUAGGCACUUGGUUCCUUAUGUAGCAGUGAAGAGAGACUGGACCUGGAGUUGAAUAUUACUGGAUCUACUCACAGUAUCAAGCGUACUACUGACAACAAGUGCAACUACAGACAGGCAGCGAUGAACUUGAUAGCGUCUGUAAGUUUUGCUGUUUCAGCUUAGCAAAAACAAAA